CCUGCCCUUGAAAAUCGAACCAAUCAUAUCGUCGUAUUCAUGCGCUUAUUUUGAAAAGUUUAAAAGAAAAUGUCGACAUACGAGAGACGAUAAUUAUAUUGAGAAACUUGUUGGGACUUAUCAAAAUGGCAACAAAUGGAAGAAUGUCAGUAGUUGAAGACUUAGUGAAGUAUCUUGAUUCAUCAAUGAGUAAAUUGAAUCGAAUAUGGACAGAGAUAGGUAUAGUAGAUUAUCAGCGAAAGGAGCGAGCUCAGACAGCCAUGUUACACUUACAAAAUCUUCUCCAAGACAUGGUGCAAGAGGAAGAGGCCCUGAAACAUCAAAUCACCAAACGCAUUGAAAAGUAUACACAGGAAGUGAAAACCCUUUGUAAUGAGCUGGAAAUUCCUCAGUUUGAACCGUGUGGUAAAUUGUCAAUGCUACAAUGUGAAAAAGAUUUGCGAGCCAAGGUAGAGUCUCUCUCACAAGAAAAACAAGAUCGCUUGAACACAUUGAAAAUGCUCAAGGACCAAGAUCAGCACCUGUGUGAUGCCAUGUGUUUAACUCCAUACUACAUACCCACUGGAUCCACCCCCUCAAAUGAUCAACUUAAAGCUUUAGAACAACAUGUAAAUUCAUUGAAAGCUGAGAAGGAAAAGCGUUUUGUGGAGUUUGUAUCAAAGAAAAAGCAGAUAGUAGAAUUGUUUCAUGAGAUAGACCGCAACCCCCAGUCAGACUUUGAGUGUGACGUUAUAUGUGAGGAGGAUAAUACCUUCCUGCUGUCAACAGAAAACAUGAAAUCUCUCAAAGUUCUUCUCACAGAGCUAGAGGAACAGAAAGAGGACAUGCAGAAGGAGGUGACAGAGUUGUGGGGGCGUAUCAGCUGUCUGUGGGACCGCCUGGAGAUCUCAGAGGCCGAGAGAAGCCACUUCAAGAAGGACAAAUCAGGCAUCAAAGCCCCACUCAUUGAAGCACUUAAAGUUGAAAUAGCUAAGUGUGAGAAGUUAAAGUUUGACAACAUCCAGCGGUUCGUGGAGGGCAUGAGGAAGGAGAUCGUGGAAUGGUGGGACAAGUGCUUCUUUAGUCGAGAACAGAGAGAAGACUUCACAGCAUACUUCAAUGAAAAUUACACAGAGGCUUUGCUGGAUGAACAUGAAAGAGAGGUAAAAAAGCUGAAGAAAUAUUAUGAGGAUCACAAACAGAUGUUUGAGAGUCUAGAGAAAUGGGACUGUUUCUUCAGGCAGAUGAUUGAAAUGGAGAGAAAAGCAAACGACCCAAAUAGAUUCAAUAACCGAGGAGGUAAACUACUACAAGAAGAAAAGGCCAGGAAAAAAGUUUUAAAGGAUCUUCCAAAAAUCGAGGAAGACCUGAAGGAGACUGUGAUAAAGUGGGAGGCAGAGAAUGGUCGCCCAUUCCUGGUGGAGGGGGUGGCUCUAGAUGUGUUUGUACAGAGGCAGUGGGAAGCCUACGAGGAACAGAAAGUCAAGGAAAAGGAACAGCGGCACAAAGCAAAAGCUCGUCUGAUGGAGGAAGAGAUGAUCUAUGGAAGCAAGCCGUCCACCCCGGCCAAGAAACGUUUCCUGACCACUCCAACAAAGACUCCCUCCUCCAAACUCAGGAAGUUGGAGGAUGGAUCAAGCUCCCGAAUCUCUGUUCAGGUCAGGCUACGGGUCAAGCUGAACGACACGACCAAGACCCCCAUGUCCUGUAGCAAGAUACAACACAGCAGUGUGUUUGCCUCCCCCGCAAUGAAAGCCCCCAUGUCGGCCAGUAAAUAUACCCCAGGUUGUAAAACCACACGGCGGAGAUCUCUACGAGGAAACCGUAAAGUCCUGUCAGAGCGUAAUGCUGGUCCCCCUAACACGGCGCUGUUCAGCCAUACGACGGUAAGCAGCCACGGACAGACUGCCCCACCCCUCCACUACGAUGCAUCGAUGGCGUCCAUGGGAUCUUAUCAAGAUUUUGAAUCUGGAAUUCAAAUGAAUAGCACAUUAACGUACAGAAGGAAACCUCCACUAGGAAUCUAAACCACCCCACGAGAGCCUCCUGUAGAAGCAGUAUGAUGCCCCGUGGGAGCCCCAGUAGUAAAGCAUGAAUUGUACAUACUGUAUACAUGUAUAUGUUGUACAUUACUGAACAAUUCUGGACUGUGACUGUGCAAUACCACUGCAACUGUUUUUACUAUAGAAAUUUUCCUCUGUUUUAUCAUUGAUACAAAUUCUCCAAGAUUUUUGUAUUUUAUUUCGAUGUCAAAUUUUUUAAAAAGCUAGUCCUUUCAUUGUGUUUAGCUUUUAAUGGUAAAUGAUUGAUAUGUGUAUUUUAGGUAUAUUUCCCUGCAUAACAUUAUUUAAACUAUUAGUAAAUUGCUAUUGAAUGGUUGUGAUUUUAGCCCACUUCAAAAUCAAUACCGAGGUACAAAAAUACCCAUAAGUAAUAUAUAUAUAUAUAUAUAUGUUCGAGUAAACUGUAUACUAUAGUAAUAGGUAUUUAUUAGGAUGCACCCCAAUAAACCUCACAUACUGUAAAAUAAAAAACUCCAUAUUUCUUGUCUUUUCUUAGAAUCUCUUAUCAUCUUUUUUCUUGCUUUGUAAAUAUUGUACAUAGAAAUCAAUGCAGUUUGUCUUUUUCAGGUAAUAAAUUAUUCCAUGUCAAUUGUCAUUGAGAUAUCUCAUUGUUUUAGACAUAUUUUUAGACUGCUUUUGAAUUGAGCUAGAAAUAUAAAGAAAAUUAGUUGAAACAUUUUUUAAUAGAAAAUUCUAUUCAUUUGUGUGAAAGUGUAAUGAAGAAAAUGAAAAUGUCAAUAAAUGAAUUAAAAAGACA